UGUCCCUUUAGAAUUGUCUUGGCUGCGACUGGGGUGCGGAUUUUGGCGGCUGCGGAGGCGGAGAUUUCUUGUUUGGAAAGGCCUCCGUGCUGCUUCUCUACUAUCGUCAUGACAACGAGAUGAUGCCUUUUCUCUCUUCCUCCACCCUUCUCUUUUGGAGCGAUCACAUGAAGCUUUAGUGGUUGCGCUCUCUCAAAUUGAGGUUUCUGGGAUAUCGUAGGAGUGUAGAUCUAGAGCUGAAGGGACACCAUUUAGCCCAACCUUCUAAUUUUAUAGGUUAGGAAACUGAGACCCAGGAAGGUUUGGUGGCUUGUUCUAGUUCUCAUUGGCUAGUUAUUAUUGAUCUGUCGUUUUCCAGUCUUGUCUGACUCGUUUGCUCGUUUGUGUGUGUGCGUGUGCGCGCGUGAGAGAAAGUGAAAGUGUUUGGUAGACAUACCUGAGGGUUUACCAUUACCUUCUCUAGUGCAUUUUACAAAUGAGAAAACGGAGGCCAUCAGUGUUAAGUGACUUGCUCAGAGUCACAUGGCAAGUGUAUGAGGCGAUUUUUGAACUCUGGAGGAUAGAGUCUUCUUUCCUCCAGGAGUAGCAUUCUAUCCCCUUUGUCACCUAGCUUUCCCAAAGGUAGUAAGUGAAGAAGUGGAAUUUGAAACCCGCUCCUUUGAUUUUGGAAUCUGUGCUCUUUCCACUCCAAGAUCCUACCUCUCCUUUGCCUCCUCUUUGACUUUUGCUACUGCUCUGGUCUUCCUCUGAUAUAUAGUAGACUCUAGGAAUAUAAGAGUAAAAAUGGCACCCACUUGAUCCAAGGAAACUUAGAUGAAGAUGGCAAUAUGAUACAAAAAAGCAAAAUAAUACAUUUACAUAGCUCUUCAAAGUUCCUAAAGUGUUCUGCAUAUAUUUUAUUCUUAUUUUAUCGCUAUCAACUGAAGCAAGUUAAAUGGUGCAGCAAAUGGAGCUUUGGGCUAGGAGUCUGUAGACCUGAGUUAAAAUUCAGCCUCUGACACUAGCUGUAUGAUCCUGGGGCAGUCAUUUAAUGUCAUCCUCAGUUUCCUCAGCUAUAAAAUGGGGAUAAUAAUAGAACCUACCUCUCAGGGUUGAUGCCCAUGGUCACAUAGAAAGGAAUGUCUAAAACAGAUUUGAAUUCAAGACCUCCUGGCUCUGGUCCUGGUUCUCAAUCCACUGAGCCACCUAGCUGCCUCCAAGACAAAUAUUUUUACAUUAUGUCAAAAAAUGUGCCAUUUUGGGAGCUGUAUCUUCUUUAUCUUUAAUAUAUUUGAGUAAUGUGAUUAAAUCUUCAUUUUAUUGCAUAAUUUCUAAUCAUAGGAACACAAAUGAAAGAAACAAAAUCUUCAAGCCAAAAGGAAAUCGAUUUAUGGAGAGAAGGCCAGUCUCAUAAUAAAGCCAGACUCUGGUCAAGACCAAAGACCUCCAGCCUUGUGAGAUGGCCUACUUUACACACAAAAGACUUGUACAACUUAUUUACCAUUUAAAAAAUAAUCAAGAUAAAAAAUAAUUCAUGCCACUAGACAUUAGAUGUUGAUUGAGGACAUAUCAAGUGACUGCCUAAACUCUCCACCUCCAUGUCACAACAGAGGAGAUGAUGUAUUUAAGGUGGUAUAGGAGUGCUAGACCCUACUCUAUCAGGUGGGCCUGGAUCCAAGUGAAAAGACAGUCAUGUUAUUAAGGAUGAAUAAUACUCAGAAGGCUAUGUUACAAGUUUGAGACUAUAUUGGCUAGAUACUGAGUAACAAUGUUUAGCUAAGAAUUGAGGCCUAUGCUCACGAUAAUUAUAUUAAAGCAGUUAUGUUCUUAAUUUAAACCUUAAAAUUUAUACUAAAAUAAUCAUAAAAACAUUUAAACUCAUAAGGAGUAUUAUGUUAUUGCUAUCAUUAUUUAACUAUCCUAGAAUUACAAUUAUGAUUAAUUAAAGACUACUGCUAACAUUAAAAAUCUAAUCAUUAUAAAAGGGGUAGGGGAUUUCUCACUCACAAUUUUAGGAAGAUUGUUUUGGUAAUUAUUUGAAGGCUAGAUUGGAGAGUUUAGAUAAGGCCCUUGCCCUCCAAGAGUAUAUAUUGAAGAGGAAGGAAAGAAGAAAAUAAGCAUUUAAAUUCCUGAACAACAAAAAUGUGCUAAAUACCAUGCUAAGUGGUAGAGAUAUAAAAGCAAAUAUUAGUCAAGGAAUAUACAUGUUCAAAUAGGUAAGAUAAUAUGUUUGAAUACUUACAAAAUAUAUUAAAGGAGAUGGAAAGUAAUUUGAUAGGGGAAGACACUAGCAGCUGGAGGGGACUAAAAAAACCUCUUUAGAAGAUGAGACUUAAACUGAAUUGUAAAGUAAGCCAAGGAAAACAGGAAGCACAAUUAGAGAAGGAGGACACAACAUUUCAGGAAUGGGGAAGACAGUCAGUGUGAAAUCAUGGAAAUGAGUAUAUCAUGUGAAGACCUGUAAGUAGGCCUGAGUAGUUUGAUUGUAGAGGGGAAUAAAGCAUAAGGAAAUUGGAAAGAUAGUAUGGAAAGGCAAGGUUAUGAAGAGUUUUAAUGGCAAUAGAGUUCAUAGAGGAGCCACUGGAACUUAUUGAGAGGAAUGAGCAUGGUAAUUUAUUAAGACCUACAUCUUAGAAAGAUCACCUUGGCAACUAAUUGGAGUUUGGAUUAUAAUAAGGAGAGACUUGAGGCAAAGGGACCAAUGAAGGUUUUUGUAAUUGUCUAGGCCAGAGAUAUGGAAGGCCUGAAUUAGGGUUGUGACUAUGAAGAUAGAGGACACCUGAAACCAUGGGAGUUGAUAAGAUCACUAAAAUAUACAUAAGGAUUCUUAACCUAGGGUCUAUGAACUUAUAUUUUAAAAAAACACUUUGAACUUUUUCAAUGUAAUUUAUUUCCUUUGUAACUCUAUAUAUUUUGUUUUGUGCAUUUAAAAACAUUCUGAAAAGUUCAUAAAUUUCACCAGAUUGCCAAAGGGAUUGCCAUUGCAGUAGAGGGAGAAGAUCCAAGAUACACCCAUGAGAGAUGGAUGAGAUUGUUGCUGAGUUUAUCAGGAGGACUCUCCUGAAAAUCCCGGCAGUUGAUAUAUUGAAAAUUCUGAAAAUAUGGAACUUUCUCCCAGAAAGUCAACUGGAGACCAUAAAACUUCACCAGUGCAAGGAAAGUCUUUCUCAGGAUGUGGUUGAGCUUUGUCAGAAGAAACGUACAAGUAUGAAAGAAGCUGCAAUUUUAGACAUAAUUUAUCAUCAAACUUGCCCAAACAGGAAAAUAUGGACUGUUUAUGAAAUGACUAAAUUCCCAGGUGAAGAGGUUGAUCUUUCUGAUAUGGAAGAAUUUAAAGAUUCUUUUAAGAAAAUUCUUCAAAGAAAUUUAAGAAAUGUGCAUGUCAGCUUCAGAGACAGUGAGGAUAAUGCAGUGUGGAUUCGAAUUGCCUGGGGAACACCUCACAUGAAGCCAAACCAGUACAAAACUACCUACGUGGUCUAUCAUUCACAGACUCCUUUUGUCUUCAUCUGUCACUGCCGUAUCAAGAGGUACAUUCCAGAGCUCUGUCAGGCACUGAUGACUGCUGGCAGUUAUCAUAAGAUUCGACAAAUGGAACUCAGAAGCCUGUAUCUGGAUUCUCUUAAGGCUAUUGUUUUUAAACAGUAUAAUCAGGACUUUGAAAUUUGCUACCUUACACCUUUACAGAAAAGAAACUUUGAGACUGAAAUAGUGGAUCCAAGAAUCAUUCAUGAAAAUAUAAAAGAAAAGGAAAGAAUCCAAAGAGUGACUCAGGAAACUUUUGGGGAUUGUGUUCAACCAAGACUAGAAUUUGCACAGUAUAAGCUUGAAACCAAAUUCAAAACUAACUCAAAAAAAGGCAUCUUGGUUGAAAGGGAAGAACCCUUCAGAUGCCUGGUUAAAUUCUCUAGUCCACAUCUUUUGGAAGCAUUGAAAUCUCUAGCACCCGCUGGUAUUGCAGAUGCACCACUUUCAUCAUUGCUUACUUGUAUACCCCAUAAAGCAAAGAAUUAUUUUACAAUUAGAGAGAAAUAAUUUUUAUUUGGAGCAAAUAUAAGUUCUUUGUCUUAUGUUCCACAUUUCAAUAAGAAUCCACUGAGAAAGCAGCACUUGCCUUCUUGAUGAACUUGAUUCUUCUCUCAGAAAAUCAAACAUAUUUUUCUCCCCAUAUAAGAGCAUAUGCAGGUUGUUUUGGCUCCAGCCAGUUCCCUAAAUGGUCUAAACUGGAGAGGGUUGUGCAAUAACCACUUCUGGUAUGUAUUCUCCCAAGUAGCGGCAGCCAUAGUUUUCCCACCUGUCCAACCCUUGAUUUUGUAACUUAACUUGUAACUUCUUUAAUCUUAGCUCAAAGAGGGAAUCACCAAAAUACCAAGUACUUUAUAAAGUUUAUAGGGAGAACAUGAAAUUGUUUUACAAAUCAGGCCAAUUUCAAGCUCAUAUCAGAUCCCUUUUCAUGUGACAUAGAUUUAGAUAUUUACAGAAACAUGCAUGAACUAUGAAUGGUUUAAUUGGAACAUCUCUUCAUUUUAUAUUUUAUCACAUUUGCAAUUCAUUCAAAUCACUGUAUGCCAAACCAGAAUUUAUAAAUAAAGAUGUGAAAAACUAAAUAAAUCAAUGAUCUUAAUUAAAAUUCUCUGGUUCACAUGACUGAAAAACAGAAUUUUGUGGAAAAGAUCAUUUUAUUCCAUAAGUCAACACACAUUUGUGUUGACAAAGCAAGUAAUAAAUGUUUGCUGAAUGAAUUAUUAAAGAAGGUACUGUCAGGAAAACAGAUGGCAAUAUUUUGUCUUGGAUAAAUUAUAAUUUGUAUAAUACAUUUUUUCAUGGUUA